CGGUAGUUCUAGUCAAAGUGCUUCGGAGUUUGAAUUGUAUAUUGAAAUACUUUUUUGUUUAUAUAUUAAUUCAGUUACACACUUUCUACAUAAAAAGUAUUGCUUUAUUCGGCGGCAAUGAGCAAUAGAAAGGAGAGUUUAAAAAAAACUCUCGGACUCACAGAAUAUCCGUGGAGUUCUGAUGAUGAAGAUAACCCACAAACAAAUUCUGAACCUGCCGCUGCUUCAUCAAGUAGAAGACAAGCUGAGUCUGAAAAUCCCAAUCAGCCUGGACCCAGUGGUCAUAAUACAGGAGGACCCUCACUAACCAUAUCACCAUCGAGAAGGACCCAAACUAGACUGGAACGUGACUUGUUCUGGUCACUGCUCAAUAAUCCAAACAGAAUGAGCGGUCCGGGACCCAUGAGGCCGAGUACAAGCUCCGCCGACCCAGUCGAAACCCAUGAACGGAUUGAUCUCGAUAGUCCAGUCUCGAACAUACAGCGCAUUCUAGCAAUUAAGAGGUUAACACGAAGCCUGGGCGCUAAUCUUUGCAAACACCCGCAACGUUCUGGUCCUGGCUCAUCAAGGAAUAUAAUAUUCACACCAACAAUGCACGGAGAUUAUUCUUCACUAAAAUUCAGUCGUUUCAAGAGGAGACCCAUGUCACGAGUGCCACCAGCCGGAUGUAGCAGGAAUAGCAUAAUUCCCGCAGUCAUUGAGAGCGCCUCUGCACCGACGCACUCCGACGAAGAAUCCCAGCAACCGAUAAACUCGACAUCGCCAGCACAUAAUGAUGAUAAUGCCGAAGAUCAGGAAACCAUGGAAGUGGAUACGUCUAACGGUGGAGUCACACUCGAGGAGGAAAUAGUUGAGAUCGACGGAGGGGGUGAGGAGAAUCAGGACGAAAAUGGCAAUGAGGAAGAACAAGCUGAUCAAGCGAGUGGGGAUGAAGAUGCCAAUGAAGAAAUAUCAACUCAAGACGCCGCUCCUGCCGAAUCGCAACAAUCUCAAGGGAUCAAAAGAAAAAGCGAACUGCCGGAGGACAGGGAACCGGAUACGGUCAAGGAGUUCAAUCAAAGCCUGCUGCGCCUGCUGGAGUGCCCCGUGUGCCUGGAGUGGAUGGAGCCGCCCAUGUCGCAGUGCCGGCGCGGACACCUGGUGUGCGGGCGGUGCCGCGCGCGCCUGGCCGCCUGCCCCGUGUGCCGCACCGCCUUCUCGUCCGUGCGCAACCGCGCCAUGGAGGCCGUGGCGGAGAUGCUGCGCUACCCGUGCCGGCACGGCUGCGGGCGCGAGACGCGGCUGCGGCGGCGCGCGGCGCACGAGGCGUCCUGCGCCGCGCGCCGCUACCGCUGCCCCGCGCCGCCCUGCGCCGAGCGCCCGCCGCUGUCGCUGGCCGACCUGCCGCACCACUUCCAGACUAAGCAUCUGUCCAUGCUGAAAGUGGGCCGCAAACACAAGUUCUCGAUGAAGGUGAAUUCUGAGCAGCACGAUAACUGGCUGGUGAUGGCGGCGCGUGAGCUGUUCCACUUGCGAGUAGACGUGGACAUCCGCACGUGGGGCGUAGUGGUCUACGUCGCAUACAUCGGGCCUAAGUGCAAUGCUAGCAACUUCACCUACGAGGUGACAGUCACCGGGCAACACAACGAUAGGAAACUCGUGUACACCCGUGCCACGCACAGCGAUCUGGAGAGCUCCUCCCUGAACGUGAGCCGCCAGGACUGCUUCCACCUCACCCUGGAUCAGGCCCUCAACUUCCUGAGAUUCAAGAAUCGGUACUGCGAACCCGACAAGUUCCUCGACUUCGUGGUGGAGAUCAACAAGCGGGAGGUGCCCGUGGAGAACACCCUGGACGAGUCGGAUUCCUGAUUAGAGUGCGUCGUGUACGUGAGCGAGGGCCGCGUCGUGCGCUACGAGACGCACGCGCCGCGCGCGUAGGCGGCGCGGGCGCUCGAACAUGUGGACUGUAUAACUUGUCUAAGGCAUAUACGUAGAGCCAGCUCCCUAUCGAUUUGUGUUUCUUAUGAUGAAAUAGCGUUGAUCACUAUUUUGUAUGAGUAACUUUUAAAAUUCGAUCGAUAUUUUGUUACCUCCUAUUUUUGUUUACCGGUGUUCGUUUUCGAAAUAAACUUUUAAGCAUGUCUCACCUUUUCAUCUGAUAUGACGGCAUGUACAUAUAUCAUUAAUUAAUGUAAUUAGCUACUAAGUGAGAGAGUAUUUUUUAUAUUUUAUUAUAAAGCUUCGAUUACAUUUCAGUUAAUUGUUCGAGUGUUAAAAUCCGAAAGGACAGUGAAAAUAAGAACUUAACAAAUUUUUAAUGAAUUUAUAUAAUUACUUUAUAUUGAUCAUGCAUUCAUUAUUUAUUAAGAAUUAAAAAACAAAUUUGGAAGUAAAAAAAUCGUUAUUUUUUUAAAAGAUAAUAAUUAGAAAUUGUUUAUUAACUAAAGUAUUUUAACUUAACUAGACUGUAUUAUAUCCAGGCCAACUUCGCACAAGUUCUAGUCGGUCUGGGAGCAUAUAUCUAAUAGCCUAGUAGGCCAGCGGAAUUGCAUUUUAUGGAUAUUACUAAAAUUUCAUUUUUAAUUUAAUAUUUAGCUACCAAUAAAUGAAAAUAUAAGUAGGGCACAUAUUUUAAACUUUAUCGCGUAAUUUUAAACAGGCUGUUACCGUGAGUUAUACUCAAUCGUCACGGAAACGCCUCGACUGAUUAUUUUCUUUUUAAUGAUAUAAGUAAUUUAUACUAAGAAGAAACUAAGGUUGAUGUAUGUGGAAUUAAUUCAAACAAACGUAAUAUAACUUAUGCUAUGAUGUAUUAAAAGCCUAUGUAUUGUAACACUUUCACGCCAAGCCCAUUAAGUAAAAAUACGCGGUACGCCGCAAAAAUAUUGUCGACUGUACAUUUUCGACUAGACGGAGGCGAUGAACGUGUACCAGUUCGGCGAUGCCACUAUGUCCGAAACCGGGUUCACGUACCAGCGAGGAGGGUUGUCGAAAUUACAUACUAAAUAUUUUUAUUGCGAUAUUGUUUUAUUAUAUAAAUUUAUUGAUAACAGUAACUACAUUGCACGCAAUAUGCAAUAAACUACUACAUUAUAAGGGUAUACUUGUUUUAUGAAAUAAAAAAAAAAAAAAACUACAAAUAAUUUAUUUAUUUGAUAGAGUUAGAGUCGAGAAAUGUAUUUGCAUUUAUAGGAUACGAUUACUUAUUUUAUUCUUAUUAAUUGUGUGUACAUAUUUACCAUUAGUUAUAACCUGUUUCGCAAAAGAUAAAAUAUAUUUUUCUAAACCGAGUCGUGAAGCAUACAUUUGGGUACGGAUUCGGGUAGGUGGCACUGAAAGUGUUGGUUAUUGAAAAUGAUAUUGUAUUGUAAGAUAUUAAUAUAACAUUUGUAGUUGUGUGUGCAUGCAUUAUACAUUUGUAUUUGAAUAUCCAUUUAUUCUUAUAACUAGCCUCUAUAUAAUGGCUUAAUGUAUUAUUAUACUAUUUAUAUUGUGACCUUGUAUUACUCUUACUUCAAUGUAAUAAUUUUUAGAUUCUCCUCGCCUAGUUGGUCUAGCGCCUACUUUAUAAAGACGCAGACCCCGAGGUCCUAGGUUCAAACUCCGGUCGAGUCAAUAAAAAAGUUAUUGAGUUAUUCUGUUGAGAAAUUCUCAGUAGCUGCCCGGAGUCAGGAUGUUGGCGGUGUUGAUAAUAACCAACUGAAAAAUCGGUCUGGAUAAAUCAUAAUUCAUAUUACAAUUCUGUAGACUGGUGCUAAAAGGGCGAAAGUACAAAUUUGCUUAUAUUCGGAUUACCAAAAGUAAGGGUUAUCGAUAUUGACACUUUUGGCACUAGACCACCGAAUUAUGAAGCCUGAUAAAUAUAUAAGUAUGCAUAUUAUAUGUUAUUAAGAUCAUUUAUUGGUAUAAUUAGGAAUUUACAGAAGUAUUAAAGACUAUGGCCGAAGCCUUAUAAAACAAACAAGCAGGACGCUCUAGAGCAACGUCAUAAUGACACUAUGCUCAUAUCGAUUUAUUAUAAAACAAAAACGAAACAAAAUACAUUCAAUAUCUAUAUUAUUAAUGAACAUGUAAUUUGUUAUAUGUCAAAAUUAAAUAGUUACAUAAAAUAUGGAUGAUAUGAGCAAAAAAUAGCCUAUUAGAACAUUACCAGCAUUUGUCGCGACUCUAUGACGUGUUUAUAUUAUAUUUCUGUGCUUAACAUUACUGUUAUAGUAUUUAUAAUUGUCUCUAUGUGUCUAAUUUUGAUGCAUAAUCUACGAUAGGAUAAUAUAUGCAUUAAUUAUGAUUAAAAAUCUCAAAUCAAUUUUGUAAGAUUUUCCGAAGUUUGUCGGUAGUUAAGUAAGAUUAAAACGGAGAUUACUAGAAUCGUUUAAAAUUUCUGUGUAUAAAAAUAGUCAUAAAAUUUUUCUUAAUAUUUUUAAAAGAAAACUAUGAAUUUCCAAUUUUAUUUCAAUCUACAUAUCAUAAUUGACGAGCCGGUUGGCGUAGUUGAUAGAUACUUGCCUUUCACGCCAAAGGUUGUGGGUUCGAUUUCCACUCAGCACAGACAUUUGUGUGCAUGAACAUGUCUGUUUGUCCUGAGUCUGGGUGUAAUUAUCUAUAUAAGUUUGUAUUUACAAAAGAAAAGUAGUAUAUCAGUUGUCUGGUUUCCAUAGCACAAGCUCUGUACAAGCUUAAUUUGGGAUCAGAUGGCCGUGUGUGAAAAAUGUCCCAGGAUAUUAUUAUUAUUAUUAUUAUCAACCUAGUGUACGUUAUAUUGCAUCAAAAAUAUGUAAAAGACAAAUAUGUUUGUUGCGCAUUCGAACCCUGUGUCACUUAUGUCCGAAAGGGUCAACAUUUUCAAAUUUAAAAGAUUAGUUUCUCGUAUUUAUAACAAUACUUAAUUAAGAUUCUUGCUAUGUUUAUAUACAUAAGUCAUAAUAAUUUAUCGAACACAAUACAAAUGGUAUGAUCAACAUUAUUAACAUUAAUUAUAAUUACAUAUGUACGUGCAAAUAUAAUUCUCCUAUUUUUAAAUAUAAAUCCGUUAUAUAUAUUUUUAACACAUAAUAAUAAUAACGAUAUAUAAUCAAAUAUAUUUCACCUUGUAUUCGUUAGAUUAAGUCAUUAGGGAUUCGGCGUCAAUCUUUUCGGUUUUGAAUAUUAAGAUUAUAUUUCAAAUGUGAUGAAAAGCAAAAUUCUGUCCACACGGGAGUAUAAGAGGGAUAAUAAUUUAAGUUUGGUUUUUAAAAUCGAAUUAAGGUUAUCUACAGUCAGCUAGAAGCUAAUAUUAUAGUGACAUUUUGUCAUGUAUUUUAUAGAAGUAGUAUGUCAUGUAUUUUAUAUAGUAUUAUUGUUUCAGUAUUUAUUAUUAAAUUUCAUAAAUAUUUUAACUGAAAACAAGCUCGGCCUUAUAAACGUUGCUAAGCGGGUAAUCAGUUAGCAAUGAUUUCAAAUUAAUGAUGGCAGAAAGAGAAAUCGGUGUCUAAUAAGCUGUUAGGCAACGUUUAUGAGUAAUGCCUUAACAUUCGUACUUACUGCUCUGUAUUUGUGUUCCUUUUAUAAAUAUGUUCAGUAUGGGUUAGGUGUGUAAUCUGUGAUGUUUCGUUAUCAAAUAAUUGCAUUUGUGGUGUCAUUUAUUAUGAUUGUUACCCUGUUUUGUUUUUGUUUGAUUAUGUUUUUCAAUAGGUUAAGUUUAUUUAUAUACACAGUAAAAUAAAUAAUACAAUAAUAAAUA